AUGCGACCGGCUCUCCUUCGACUGCUGAGGAGGCCUUUCGCCGUCUCAACCCUCGACACUCUCGCCGCGACCUCGAUUGGGAUCGAACAAUUGGAGUUUGAUUACACGCGCCUGCGCGGUCAACCACAAUGCUUGCGACAUUAUUCAAGCGCCAAUAACCCCGAUACUCGCCCUGUUGAGCGCAAACACUGGCCACGGCAGCGUAGGACGCUCAGGAAGCGAGAUCUGCCUUUGACCGUCCAUGAGAUUGAAAUACCGACAAAAACCAAUGCGAUAGCACCGCCACAACUUCCACCUAAACCUCAUUCCGAAAACGAAACGAUAAUUGAUUUCCCUGUGAAGACCUUGCGAUUACACCCAGAACGGCUGGAGUUCGAAUCGAACAUCGGACACACCCGUGAUAUUGGGACGCGGUUAGUGGACCAGCCGGAGCAUUCGAGCGACUUUGAACUCUGGGAAGAGCUCCUCAAUCACCGACAACGGCUCUAUGGAGAUCAAGGCAUACAAGAGAUUUGGGAGGGACUGACGGUUCGCUUGCAAGGGGUUCAAUUACCCGUCACUGGAGCCCGGGCCGAUUUCCUAUGGAAAAGCUUUGUUGGUCUUGGGUUGAGGCGCGAGAUAUAUCUUUCGGGUGUGCUCCAACAUGCGAUUGACCUCUACGAGCGUGAAGGCGCUAGCUGGCCGCAUCUUUAUGAAAGUGUGGUAGGUGGACUAUUGGACCAAGGCAGGACCAGACAAGCUUCCGCAUUACAUCGACGACUGCAACAGUCAGGAAUAGCCCAGCCCAAUGACCUCGUACGGGUGGUUAAGUCGGCCUUCCGCCCUGCAUGUCUACCAACUUCUACAGAUCCGCCACACUCGAUAAUAGCCCAACGGCGGACAAUCACUCUCGGGAUGACGGCCUUUAAAGAUAUGUGUCGCUGUACACCGGGUCAUCGUAUCUACGGGCCAGUAAUCUCGGAUUUAAUGCAGAGCGGCUUUGGGGAACAUGCGCUGCGAAUGCAUAACUUCCUGGUGAAACACGAUGACCAUCCGCAAACAGCGGAGGAAAUGUUAGAUCUUCUGGAAUACGUCAAAAGACAUGGCAGUCGACAGGAAUUUGACGCCAUCCGAGACUACGCCAAAGACAGAGAAUUCGAAGAUUUCAAUAUCGACGCACCCAUAUCAAACGAUACAGCAUUAACUGGCAACGCAAAAAAAACAACAGGCAGGAGAUAUAACGACGACAUCGGCGCAAAGUUGAUCUCUACACCUCCCUUCAAUCUAGAAUGGGUCAUUGGGACUCUCAAAAUGCUCGGCAUCUCAGCAAUCGGACCCCGUACUAUUCGCGAAAUUACCAUCAGAGCCAACGGCAGCAAGGAGGUCCUGGAUCGAAUUAAGAUGAUUCGGGGAUCCGGAAUCACGAUCGAAGACUCCGUCUUCCCAAGACUGGUUGAGAAGCUUGCCAGACAGCACCGCAGUAUCCUACUCUCGGAUUUGCUGCAUAGUGAUCAGCACCCUGAUGUCCUGGCAGACGUGAAGAUGCAAGAAUCGUUCCUGGUGUCGCACUAUAUGACCCAGGACUGGCGCCAGUAUAACUUGGCGCAGGCGGUGUUGGCAGAGCAUUUUCCAGGCACGUCUGGUCUUUUGGAUAUACACUUCCGCAAGCACAUUGCAGCCGGGGAAUAUGAUGCCGCUUCCAAGGUGGUGGAUGAAGUUGCCAUACAUGGCCAGAAGUUAAGCGAGGAGAGCGUGGAUUUCAUGGCUGAAAAAGUCCUGACAUAUCGCCAAGUGACUAAAGCCCCUACCCCGGGCAAACAGCUAUCGGCUAAAGAUGAGGUGAUGUUUGUCUUUAGGGUCCUGCAACGCGUGGUCCCUGCCGGGAGCUAUGUCAGUGCAGCAUUUUGGGUUGAGUUGCUGAAGCGGCUCGGCAUGAGUGAUAAUUGGGAUGAACUCAGCGAAGUGUGCCAAUGGUUGGUUCACGAGUACUCAUUUCGUCACCACGCAACGCCCUCGUUGUUCCCCUCCAAGUUGCAGCCUACUGGGCGAGACGGCCGAAUUCUCGAUCAAAUAUUUACCGAGACAAUGCACGUGGCGAUUGUCACCUGGGGAUUUCGACCGCGCAUCGACGAAUAUAUCGUCAAGGAACAAAAGCAUUAUUACGAGCACCCGAUUACUGGCGGAAAGCAUAUUCUCUGGAUGCGGGGCAUCAUUCUUCUUCGAAUGUUGAGCAACGCCGGCCUGAAAGUCGAGGCAAAUUGGGUCCGACAAGCGACUCGUCGCCGAUUGGCCAUUUUGUUCAGCAAGUAUUCACCCUCGGCGAAACCAGUCAACCGAACCCUGCGACGACUGUGUCCAUUCACUCUGUAUGAACUGAUUGCCGCUGCAAAGCGUGCUUGGGGUGAUGAGUCUUUGUUCCGUGGGGGAGAGCUCUCGCGGUCUCUUUGGGGUAUGGCAAAUCCAUAUCGGACGACGAGCAGUUUCCGCCGUUCUUCGAACGUCCUACUCUCACGGGCAGAAAUGGGGCACCUACGAGAAAAGGUUCGACAAGGCGAUAGUCGUGCUUUGCGUCAGAUGCGCGAGUGGCGAGAUCAACGCGAUCGCUUUCCACCGAAACCACGGCCACACUCAUAG